ACCUUGGAUUUCAAAAAAAAUUAUCGACGAUCGGGGACAUUUCUACACGAUGGAAUUCAUCGUUUUACGCUUGGGAAAGAUUGCUUCAAUUAAGAAGAGCAAUAAUAUAUCUUCCCUCGCGGCUUCAAUCAGAUGAAAAUGCGACUGUUCGAAAGGAUGGUGAACGAUUAGCACAUAUCAUGCUUACUAACAGUGAAUGGACUUUUUUAGAUGAGUUGAAUGACAUUUUAAGUAGCUUUGAAGAAAUCAUGACUUUAUUAAGUGGAAAUACUUAUAUAACUAUUUCUUUAAUAUAUCCAGCAAUUUCAGCAUUGGUUAAGACUUUAAAAGCGUCUCUUCAACAAUCUUAUAUUGAAUCAGUUUUAACGGACAUAAAUGAAUUAACGAUUCUUGAUGCCAUGGAAGAAGUUAUCGACGAUACUAAGGAUUUCGUUGAAAUUAGAGAAGUCGAUCCUGAAUUAGGAAUUAUUCAUAAAAAAAUUGAUAUUUCAAUCCCAAUGGUUACAAAUGGAAUGCUUGAAAAAUUCAAAAAAGUACUUUACGAUAGUAUGCAUAAAUAUUGGCAAUCGGUUACUAACGUUGGAAUGCUUGCAUGUUUGCUUGAUCCACGUUUCAAAAAGCUACGUUUUACAAACAUAAGUGUAAUUCAAAGAACAAAUGAACAUUUGAAACAAUUAUACGAAAUAGAGAGUGGAUAG